AUGCGUCUUCUUCGUAAACAAGCCAAACCAGUGCAAAUUAAAUGUUCAUCAGAGCCUAUUGGAGAUGUUGUUGAUAUAUUUUCGCAAGUUCCUCAUGAAUUGAUGGCCAUUAUUUGCCGAUAUUUGAAGCCUUGGGAAUUUGUUUCAUACUUAUCCGGAUUGAAUUCGUAUUAUUAUGGCUUGACGUUGUCUUGUCAUGAAGAAUUGGAUGAGGAUGAACAUUUCGGAAGGCUCAUGUGGAAAUAUUAUUAUGAAUUGUAUUGUUUUGUAAAUUGUUCAUCAUUGGAAGAGAAGGAUUACAAGACCAGAUUCAUGCAAGAGUAUUUGAGAUGGAGUAAUCCAAAGGCAUGUUUUGGAACAACAAAACAUAUUAAUAUUUCUACAAUGAAAUUUCAAACUCUUUCAGUUCAGAACACUAGUAAUAGAGCUUCUCUUGCCUUGCCGAGUGAAUUUGGAAUGACAAGUGGCAAAUUUUACUUUAGAAUUGCCUUUGAUUGUUGUAAAUUAGCAUCAGGUGUUGGAAUUAUUCGUGCCAGUGAAGCCAAAAAAAAGGAAGACCAAACAUGUUGUACCUAUAUGAGAGAUGGAUCUUGCAUUUUGCAUGAUGGCGAAAAAAUUACUGAUCGAGUUAAGGAAGUGAAAGGAAAAAAGAUGAGAGUUUAUAAUGUUGUGGAACCUGGUGAUGUAGUUGGAGUUUUUCUUGAUAUAGAGCAACAAUUGGUAACAUUUAGUGUGAAUGGAAAGGAGGUUUUACACAUAGUUGAUGUUACACAAUCAUAUCCAGGAGAAGCAUUUCACUUAUUCAUUUUCCUACCACCAGAGCAAUCUUACACCUUGUUACCUUGUCUUAAAUCUCCAGAUGAGAUUAGAAAUGAGAAACUGAUUUUGGAACAUGUAAACUCUUCCUCCAGAGAACCUAGAGUGACUAUGGGUAUUUAAUCAGUGAUAUUCUCAAUAUUUGGUGAUCACCAUUCUAUUUUCAAAAGUCUGUACAAUUACCAAACAUUGAACGUUUAAUGAGAUUACAAAAUUAUUAAACAGUUCUCUUUCGAAUC